CGCCAAUUAGGGAAUUGAUUACCGCGGAAUCACUGCCAUCAACGCUGCGUUGAGGUACUCCACCGAUCAUUCUUCGACGGCUCGCUGUACGAUCACCGCACCCAGCGCCAUCGUUUUCGAGCCCUUUGAAAUCAUAGCCGGCUAUAACGAUCGACGUCGCCCAUAUUUUUCUCCUUCAAGAUGGCGUUCGCUGCUCAGUGUCGAGAUUUCUUGCCUUCCUCAGCUUCACUCGCCCCCUUAGCUGGUGACUUUCUGCCUUGUCUAUACCUUGAAACUGGCUAGUAUUGGCAUCUUGUGCUUCUGUAUGACUCACGCAAGUUUCCUUCCCUCGGACCUCCAGAAGCCCGCUCUGGAGUCAUAGACACCACCUCUGGCCCACAAUGGCAGACCUUGAAGCCCAGCAGGCGGAGAAGAAGGAGCUCUUCUUGGACGUCCCGCAUCAAUACCCAGCCUCGUUGACUCCCGUUUCGACGAAUCGAAGUCAGCCUCGUCCCAGUCUCCACUCGGGUCGAUCUUACGUGGACGGACACAGCACGUACUUCAGUGACCAAGAGCCUGACGAUGGGCCGGAUCAGCCGCAAGAGGUGGACGUGGAGAAUCCCUCCAAGACAUUCGAGGUGGGUUGGGACGGGCCAGAUGACCCCAUGAACCCCAAAAACAUGCAUCAUGCAAAGAAAUGGCUGGUUGUCAUAACGCUGGCCUUUGGCUCGUUGUGUGUAACGUGCACUUCUUCACUCUACACAAUCACCUAUGAGCAAAUGGACGCAGAGUUUGGCAACUCACGGAUUGUUGCAACGCUUGGCCUGGCUCUCUUCGUCUUCGGCUUAGGACUGUCCCCCAUGCUUCUGGGCCCUUUGUCCGAAUUCUAUGGUCGCCGCCCUAUAUAUAUACUUGGAUAUAUCUUCUUCACCAUCUGGCUGUUCCCAUGUGCCUUUGCGCAGAACAUUCAGACCAUGCUGAUAGCUCGGUUCCUGGAUGGCUUUUCUGGAAGUGCCUUCUUGUCUGUUGCCGGCGGCACCGUUGGGGACAUGUUCAAUCGCGAUCAGCUGCAAGCCCCCAUGAUGAUAUAUACGGCUUCCCCGUUCAUUGGCCCAGGUCUUGGCCCUGUCAUAGGAGGUUUUAUCAACUACAACACCACCUGGCGGUGGUCGUAUUACAUGCUCCUGAUAUGGUCCGGAGUGAUGGUCAUCGCGAUCACUUUGAUCGUGCCCGAAACGUACAUGCCGGUGGUGCUGAGGAAGAAGGCGCAGAACAAGCGGAAGGAGACAGGAGACGAGAGGUACAAGGCUCCGAUCGAAGUUUACGAAAGGUCCAUGUUCUGGACGGUGGUGAGGUCUCUCUACCGCCCUUUUAUGCUUCUAUUCUUGGAACCCAUGUGUUUCAAUCUGUGCCUGUUCUCCUCCAUCCUCCUGGGAAUCCUCUACCUCUUCUUCGGAGCUUUCAAUCUUGUCUUCACCGAGGUCUACCACUUCAAGGUCUGGCAGGUCGGCCUAUCCUUCCUCGGCCUGAUGAUCGGAAUGAUCUUGGCGAUCUUGUCAGACCCCAUCUGGCACAGGAAUUACCUUCGCCUGCUCCGGAAACGAGAGGAAAGCACCGGAGAGCGCAAGUCGGAGCCGGAAUACCGCCUCCCACCCUCGAUCUUCGGCGGGUGGUUUUGCGUCGUUGGGCUGUUCUGGUUCGCAUGGACGAUCUAUGCCAGUGUCCAUCCUAUCGUUCCUAUCGUCGGCAGCGGCUUUUUCGGAUUCGGCACCAUUCUUGUUUUCACGGGAGUCUUCACCUUUCUGGUCGAGGCAUACCCCCUUUAUGCAGCUAGCGCUCUGUCCGCCAACUCCUUCGCGCGGAGCUCGUUUGCAGGGGCAUUCCCCCUGUUCGGGGUCCAGAUGUACAACAAGCUCGGCUUUCAUUGGGCCACGACACUUUUGGCAUUUCUUUGUCUGAUCAUGGCGCCGUUCCCGUACCUGUUCUUCAUUUACGGAAAGAGGCUGCGGCAGAAGAGCAGAUUCACGACCCUUCCUGGAUGAAACAUGGGCGUUAUUGGUAAAUUAGCCCGGUGCGGGGACUAGAAUCUCUUGCAUUUUAUCAAUUACCAUACCAAAAUCCAGUGGAUCCCACUAUGUCGGACUUGCCCCUGUGAAGAUCAAUCCUCUGCAUUACGAAUCUGGCCGUCCAUGUACGGAGCAAGACUGCAAUAGACAAGAUUCAGCUGCAAUCCCGAAUCUAGUCGACUGUCAAUUACCCCUUUUCUUCGUUAUCUAUGCCCAUAUAUGGCCAGUUUAUAUUUGCCGGAGCCAUUUUCCUUGCUCCUUCAAAGGCACGACGAAAGAAGGCCCCGAUAUCAGGGGGCGGCUCGACGGGUCCCUGCGACUGGCGGGUGCAGGUCGCUCGUUGGAGUUGUGAUGAGACAAUGGAAAUGCAGUCUGAUAGGACGAUUCUGCCUUACACUGCAUGAAGCAUCGUCAAUCAAUGCAGACAAACACGGCUGCCUUCACCAUUGAUCCAAGGAGCUGCAUCCUCGUGCUGUGCCCCGCAUGGUUUGGGAUCAGUUGAUGUACACCCAAGGUUUUUGGCAGGGGCUCGAUGGCGAUGGACACCGUAGAAGAAGGGAAAUGAAUGGCACAUGCCCCGUUGCAGGACAAUAUUGGGUUGCACCAGACGCGAUGCGGUGAGUGCUUCAAGAUGGUUGCACAAAUCCCGACGGCGAGCACGUGUCGCGCCACUUGGUCGGUGUGCCUGUCUCCUUGAACAUUGGCAGAGAUCAGUACGACAUUGGGAGGGGACUGUUUUCAAUGGCUUUUGGUUACUUGAGCAGCGACACCCCGUCAACCGUAUGAGGCUGUGCCCUCUUGCAAGAAUGCGGAAUUGCCGAUCAGGGUAAUGACGAGCCUCAGCCGACGGGUUCCGGGAAGGUCGGGUGAACUCGGGCAGCCUCGCUGGGGGGGUCAGACCGACCUCGGCAGGCCGCUAAGGCAUUGCGAAAUCCAAUUCAUAAGCCCGACUGAACAAAUGAUUGGUAAUUCUGAAGUCUGAUUCUCUUGUUGGAGAAAUAUUGCUGCCCAAAGCCCGUGGCGGUGACAAGCUCCAUAGACAGCGGGGAAGAUUGAGGGUGUUUGUGUAGAAUGAAAUUUAACUUUGGUAAGCUAAGGAACUCACCGAGCGCACAGAGCACGGGGGCACGGGGGGGCUCCCCGAGAGGUAGUUGAGCUGGUUGGCUAAGGGGGGAGGGUGGCUGGAGAUGCCGAGGGAAUUACUUAAGUCAGUGGCUCGGUGUCCACAGGCCAACGUGGUGCCUAGCACCAGUGAUGGGUGAACUGGUGGGCUCCAGGUGCGG